AUGAUGGCGGCGGGUCAGCUGACCGCAAGCGUCCAGUCCCAGCCGAGCCGGCCCCAGAAGCCCCGCCUUCCAGUAAUGCCCGCCCCCAACUCCGGGACACCGCGUUUCCCUGACGACGACAGAGCUCAGCACAAUUUAAGCCACAGCGAGGGUGCCCAGCAGACCCUUGAUUAUUUCCUAUGGCACUUUCGGAUUCGGCAGAAUCUACCAGAGUAUGCCCAAGGCUGGCUUGGGAGCAAAUGGCUCUGGCUUUUGUUUGUUGUUGUGCUGUUUGUGAUACUGAAGUAUCAAAGAGACAGUGAGAAGAAUAAGGAGCAGAGUCCUCCUGGCCUUCGAUGCUUCCCAUUUCGCACUCCACUAAAGAAAAAUCAAAAUGCUGCUUUUUUCAAAGACUGCACAUUCAAUACCUUACACGAACUCGAGGUGGAGCUUGUGAGAUUUGUGUCCGAAGUGCGGAGUCUUAAAGGUGCCAUGGCAACAGGCAAUGUCAGUAACCUCAAGCUUCGAAGGUCAGAGACGCCCACAGAUCCAUACCAUGUCACGAUCUAUGACAUAUGGGGAGAAGAAAGCUCUAGCUGAAUGGAUUUGUAUGUCAAAGUAGGAGAGAAAAAAGUUGAGUGUUGACAAACUGUAUGCAAACUAAUAAAAGUAUUC